AUGUAUGCCUGUCCACCUAUGCCACCCGCACCCUGUCCACUAGAAUGUCCACCCUCGAAACCGAAAGACGAUUGCCCUACGAAGUAUUAUCGUGAAAUCGGCACUGCCGCGAUCGGGAAUCACUUGGUCAUUCGCAUGGAGAGGAAGAAAGGGAAGUCGAAAAAGUUGAAAGACUGGGAUCCACCGUGCGAUUGCGACGUGGUGGAGAUACAGCGGCCGACGCGCACCCAGGGGCCGAAAAUAUUGAAGGGACCUGACAACAAUCGGAUUCUGUUUCACGUUGAACCGAGGAAGAGGGACGAUGAGGACUCUAUGCCCCAAGCCAUUUCUUACGAGGUCGGUCAAUGCAGAGGUGGUCCAAAUACGAACGAUCAGUGCAGAACAUUCACGAUUUACCCUGUUGUUAAUGGCACCGACGCCCAGGAAGUGCACACGGAUCGCGUCACCGAGGGAAACGAUAAUGUGUUCAUGUUAAAAGUGAAGAGGAAGAGCGAGUUCCCCGAACAACCGAGACAAAACGUGGAAGUGGAAUUGAGAAUGCCUAAAGUACCGACGCCGUCUCCAGAGCAACCGGAAGUAGAACCACCACCCCCUCGAAAGUUAUUAUUAAGGGAGGAUUUCUUGGGAAUGAAACGUCACACAAUAUUCGAAGGUUUCGUGGAUUUUACCAAAUCUUGA